AUCGGCAGGUCAUUCCUGCCAUUCUGCCCAUUAUUGGACUACCUUAGCUACCAGGCAUCCCCGAGUCAUUACUAGUGAUUAUCUAUUCCGGUAUGACAAGUAACAACCGACAGUGCUUGGCAUGAGAGGAGGGACAUCUUGUUGGAGUCUGGAGCCCUAGCAGAAACCCACGGGCUAAAUAGCUAGCCAGUGUCCCGUUUUCUCAUACCUCAUACCAUCCGCAACAUGAGAUCUCGCGGUUUCCUCCGAGCCCUGCUUCUCCAUAUCCUCCUGCGCCAUGUUCUCGCCCAGGGCAUACGCAGCAUCUUCCUCUUCAAAGAUGUCAUGAAAUCCAACACGACCGCGCUCCGCACAUCCGGCUUCAACACGCUCAUCAUGUUUGGCGUCGGCGUGCUCGGCAACGGCUCCAUCAUGUACUACUCCAACACGCCCGGGAGCAAGGACGUGCUCGUCGCAUCAGGGGGUGCAUACGUGGGCGGCGACGCGCUCGCGGCGAAAGUGCGCUCAUUCAAAACCGGCAACGACACGGGCGUGAACAGACUCGAGAUCUCCAUGAACGCUCAAAACAUCCGCAACCUCAUGGCCAGCCCCGGCCCGGGAGCCGACACCCCGCUCUACCGCAACUUUGCCGCGCUCCGCGAGGCGUGGACCCUCGACGCCGUCAACAACGACGACGAGUCCAUCUAUGAUGUAGCCAGCACCGUGGCGUUUGCCAAAAUGCUCGCCCGCGUCGGGUACAAGUACACGAUUGCUCCGUAUACCAAUAUAAACUUCUGGCGGAAUGUCAAGAAUCAGGUCAAUAGCGGCCUGGGAGCGGCAGAGUGGAUUCUGGACAGGGUGUACCUGCAGUGCUACGAUGGCGGGGCGUCGAACGACCCGGCCGGCUGGCAGAACAACCUGGGCAUGAAGGUUGUACCGCUCGUGUGGGUGAUUAACGACUCAAAGCCGUCGUUCGGGACGAGCGCGGCGCAGGCGAGGACUAGGUUCGCUGCGUGGAAUCAGCGGAGCGCGCUGGCUGGGGGAGGGUACUGGAACGAUUAUGAUAUUGAGAAGAUGGGGUUGUCGUACAGGGAUUAUGGGAGUGUUUUGACUAGCCUUUUCCCGUAGUCAAGGUCAGAUGGGAUGGAUAGGGGGUCGCGAUGGCAUUGUCCGGUUUUGCUGGGGAAUUGGUAUGACGGUUGGUCAGAUGGUUCAGGGUAGGGUAUAUUACGGACCUUAAGUCAGUAGCCUAGGUCCAUCAUGUUGAACUUCAAGAGGAGCACCUUCCAAAAUGCAGUUUUGUAGUGCGGUAUGGUCCUCUUCUCGACAGUGUGCGCUG